GGAUGAUCUCUCAUCUGAGGCCUGUCCGGCUGUCCCUCGUCCCUCUGAUCUGCCUCAGUGUCGAUCUUGCUCAGGGAUCUGUUCGAAAAACGGCCUCGUUCGCUUCCUCGUCAUCUUCAGGCUACCGUAGAGCCUCGUUUGUGCUGCCAAGCCUCCUGCUGCACAGCUCCUGCACAUCCAUAAGCCAACAACGGGUCGGACCAGCAGAUCAUCAUCAGCACCAGGCUGAGCACCGCGGCUAUCGCUCGUUUUCUGUGGCCCACUCAUCGGCGCAUCCUCCCAGCACAAGAGCGUUUGCCACACGCACGAGCGAGAUAGCCUCGCCAGAGAUGCAGAGUCAUGGGCCUGUCUUCAAGACUGACGGCGCGACUCUGCCGCCGACAGUCGAGGCGCUGAAGCAAUCGGUGCUCAAGACGGCCACUGGGCAGCGGCUGUCGGCGGAGCUUGCUGAGAGGGAGAAGGGCGCUGGGCCGCCGCACACGGACUGCAAGAUUCGGCUGUUUGGCAAGAGGGAGGAGGAUGUGCGGGUGGUCUUGUAUCGGGACUCUGCAGCCUGGUGCCCCUACUGCCAGAAGCUGUGGAUGCUGCUCGAGGAGAAGCGCAUCCCCUACCGCAUUGAGAAGAUUAACAUGAGAAGCUAUGGGGACAAACCUGAGUGGUUCCUGAGGUAUAUGCAAGUGUCAAGCACCCACGAGAUUGGGUGCCUCAUGUGUUUGUGUGUGGUGUGUGGUGAUGUGCAGAGCCAACCCCAACGGCCUGCUGCCCGUCAUCGAGCUCGAUGGCCAACUGAUCUUUGGUCAGUGAGAUGGACACACACAUGAUGAUGUGACAUCAACAAGUAGCAUCUCUGUGCUGUGUGUCGUUGGUCCGUCUAUCACACAUACAGAGAGCCUGCGCAUCAUGGCCUUGCUAGAGGAGACCUUCCAGCCGCCCGACCACCCCGCCACCCUCCCGCCCCAGGGCUCGCCAGCCAUGGACCGCGCCAACGACCUGCUGGCGCUCGAGCGAGAGCUGUUUGGAAAGUGGUGCUCCUUCGUCUUUCGACCAGACCCCCUCGGUAUGGCCCGGCGGUCGUUCGAGUCGUGUCUGGAUAAGGUGGACGGUGAGCUGGGCAAGACGGAGGGGCCUUGGUUUCUGGAGGGGGAGGUGCCGUCGAUUGUGGACCUGCAGUAUGUGAGCCAUGUCGAAAGAAUGUGCGCCUCGACGCUCUACUGGAAGGUCGGCCAGAGAAUUUGUCUGUGUGGACACAUCGACAGUCCACCUUUUUUCUGUGUAUGCGUGUGUGUGUUUGCAGGGUCUGCAGAUCCGCGGGAGUGGUCGCUGGAGCAACAUCGACAGAUGGUUUGACGCAUUUGACAAGGUAUGGACAUGCAGAUGGAUGGAUGAUGGCACACGACACAGACCGAGACGAAGUGUGUGUGUGUGUGUGACGUGCGUGUGCAGCGGCCGAGCUACCAGGCGUCCAAGAGCGAUUACUACACCCACGUCAUGGACAUCCCGCCGCAGUACGGCCCCGCAUUCAGUGACAAGGCCGGCGAGAAGUACCGUGCCCUCAUCGACGGCAAGGAGGCCUCCUGGCGGCUGCCUCUGGCCCCGCUGCUGCCCACUGACCCAGAGCCCACCACGGCCGACACCAAUCCGGGCGACGAGGGCGCCCGGCACCAGGCAUGCUUCAAGCUCGUCAACAAUCUGCCCGCUGUGGCGCGAUUCGCACUCAGGUACCUGAGGCGCACGCAAUGUGUGACAAACCAGACAGACAGGGCAGAUGGGCACUUCUCUCUCUCGCUCUCUCUCUCUCUGUGUGUGUGUGUGUGUGUGUGUGUGCAGAGGUGCGGGAUUGCCUGGCGCCAAGCGCUUCGCGGCCCCUCUGGCUGAUCCCUAUGCGCAGCCGAAUCUCAACUACGAGGCCGACAUGGACAUCGCCCUCCGAUUCGUGGUACAUGCGCUGCUCAGUGGCGUGGAUGACCAGGCCGACAAGGCGAUGCGAGAGGCACUAGUGGGUGCGAGUGGCAGUGGCCGGGCGGACCUGGCCAAGUGUGUGGCGUAUGUGCGCGACCGCGUGGGUGUGCCGCGGGACAUGCCCUAUCCCGCCGCCAUGCAGCUACGCGCGCAUCUCAAUUGGGUGCACGAUGCACUGCUCGAGGAGAAGAAAUGAAUAAUGAGUGGCCGUGAGAGUUUUUUGGUGCAUGUGUUGUGGCUUGACGGAUGCAGUGAGAGGCCAGACGCGGUAGUAGAGUAGAGCGAUACGUCUUUGUCGCCUCGGAGGGGCCUUUUUUCGGGCAAGAUAACGUGAAUUCACCUUCUCGGCCGUUUCUCAAAGUGCUGCAGAGCACCUGGCGAUACGGGCCGGGAGGGAAACUGUCGUGGCCAUAUGCUAUGCACUGCUAGUUAAGGGCCAUUAUUAUCUAGCUACAGCCAGUGACUGACUGUGAGAGGGACACCGUGUGUGGGCGGGUGGGACUGGCGUCGGCCGCUGGUGACGCAACACGUCAGACGUGAAGCCAAUACACGUCUGGCACGUUGGCGGGUCAGUGACGAACGACUUUUCCACCUCACUUACCUCACGUGCAUGUCUCACGAAUGUAUGACGUCAUGACUGAUGUGUCAGAUGGGCAUCGAGUCUCGGAGCGCCAUGUAACUGCAUCCUUUCAUGGAGGAAGACACUCAUGCAUUCAUUCAUUCAUUCAUGGAAGAUGUGUCCACU